GUUUUUUUUAAUUCCCGGUGGUCCCUUAUAUAUAUCAUUUUCGAUAUAUAUAAGAAAAAUUCUCAACUAUAAAUACAUGCGGCCAUUGAUGUUGUAAGGGUUCUUCUUUCUCGUCCACACACACAGGAGAAUGAUUUGACACGAAAGAAGAUGAAGAUGAAGAAUAGAAGCAACCAUGUUCCCUAGAUUUUGAUUACUCUAAUUACUCGAAUCGGAUGCUCAUAUAUAGCUAUGGCUGUCAUGUUGGAACAAGCAGUUUUGGACCGGAAGGAAGAAAAUAUCAAGAUGCAUGCCGAUAUUCACGGUUUGCAUGAAUCCACACAAGAUUUGCAGAGAAUGGAUUCAGAACUCGAUGCUCAUGAACGCGAAUUCCUACUAGGUUAUUACAUUAGCUGUAUUAAACUUUAUGGAGCCAAAAAGAAAUUAUUCAAGAUGAAAGCUACAUUGUUGUAUUUCUUAAAGUCACACAUGAAAAUUACGUUGUUGGAGUUUUGCAAGUCACAGAUGCAAGCUACAAUGUUGGAAUUCCAUAAGUUCCAGAUGAAAGCUACAACGUUGGAGUUUUACAAGUCACAGAUGAAAGCUACAAUGUUGGAUUUCUGUAAGUCGCAGAUGAAAGCUACAAUGCUGGAUUAUUUACAGUCUCUUGUCGAUCUUAAUCUUCCAGAGGAAUGUAAAAGCUGGCUGGUUGAAACUGAUGGCAUCACGGAUGCAUAUGAUGACGCUAAGAAGUCCUUCAAGAAAAACAAAAAGAAAAAGAAAAAGAAAAAGUUGAAAAAAAUUUACAUGAAAUUACAAGAGGAGGUAGUUGGAGAAUUGACAGAUGACGACGAGUCCAAAGACGAAGAAUUCCAGUCCGAAGAGUCGGAAGACGAAGAACUCCAGUCCGAAGACGAAGAAUUCCAGUCCGAAGGGUCCGAAGACGAAGAACUCCAGUCCGAAGAGUUCCAGUCCGAUGAGUCCGAAGACGAAGAAUCUACAGAUGACGACGAGUAUCCAUAUACUGAUAUGGAUUCAUUCUCAUCAAUGAUAAAACGCUUAGAGGUUAUGGAGGAUGAAAUUGAGAAGAAGUUGGACAAUUUAAGGAAGGCGAAUGCAAGCCAAAACCUUGCUUGGACGAGAUAUGGACGCAAAGUAUUAGUCAAGAUGAAAGCUAUAGUGUUGGAAUUUUCAGAGUCACAGAUGAAACCUGCUAAGGUGUUGGAUUUUGUAACGUCUGUUGUCCCUCUUGAUCUUCCAGAGGUAUGUAAAAGCUGGUUGCUUCAAAAAGCAGCUGAAAGGGACAUGGCCAGAGCAUAUCAUGAUGCUAAAAAGUCAUUAAAGAAAAACGAAGAGUGUGAAAAGUUUCUCAUCAUGAGAUUACAAGAGUUACUAGGAGUUGAGUACCAAGAAGAUGACGAGUAUGCAUAUACUGAUAUGAAUUCAUUCGCGUCCAUAAUGAAACGCAUAGAGGUUAUGGAGGAUGAAAUUGAGAAGAUGUUGGAAAAACAUAAAUGAAAGUCGAAACCCUGCUUGUAAGAGAUACGGACACAAAGUAAAAGAAUACCGUCUUUUUUACGGCUCCAACUGAGACUAAAAACUGAUCAAGUGAAGACAGUGUUUUCAUACCGUCUGGCGGAAAAUAACUUCCUGCUUUUCCCAUAAUAGAUGUGAAUAGAAGAGAACUCAAUGGAUGUCUAACGUAACUUGUACCCAAAAUUUCAUCAAGAAAUCCAAAGGCAGCCAAGAAGUCUGACCUACUUGCAUUUACUGGAGCAGCAAAAUGUGCGGGAAUUAUUCUCUUGAAUGCCCAGUCUCUUGUAGUCCUGUCAAUCCAAUCCCUUACCUGCAGAUUUCGAUACCCAAAUACAAACCAAAUGUGUGCAUAAACAAGUUAGAUAACUGCAUAGCUAAGAAACCGUAUACAGAUUCAUAAUUUUUACAUUACCUUCUCAGGAACUUUGCUGAAAACCAAUGUCUUGACGAUAGGUGAAACAAUCAAUUUCUGUGA